UUACCGGUGCUUUUGUGCUUUUCUGUGCUAUUCUCUAUUUUUUGGUUUUACUGAAAAUUUUGCAGUACAUUUAAAUACCUGGUUGAGCUCGGUCCUCUACAUGUACGUGUUGUUCUAUAGUUAAAAGUGAACGCGUUCGUACGCGGUGUCUGCCUGACAUAUAAAAUUGAAGUGAUAUGUUUGAUUGAAUGUAAAGCAGAGUAGAAGAAGUGGAUUUAAAGUACGUUCAACAACUGUAUUUACAAUGUGUCUUCGAAUGUGAAUUAACCUUUAAUAGGUUUUCAAGCACAUGUAAUCAUGAAGAUUGAUAACAAUGUACAGAAUAAUAUUUCAUUCAAACAAAAUUAACGGUUACUGUGUUCCUUUCAUUCCGUUCAUUCAAGUUUACGUCAAAUUUGAAAUGUUGCAUGUUGAAGGUUGAAUAUAUUUUUGAAAAAUAUCACUAAAUAAAAGCAAUUAUCGUAAAGAAAAAUUUAUAUGUGAAAUAAGGAAAAAAAGAAACUCUCGAUAUUUCGAAGAGUGAAGAUAAUGAGUAGUCUUUAAUAUAAGUCCAACUUUUAUGCAACAUAUCAAUAAUAGUUAGCUUGAAAAUAUUCUUAACAAGUAAACUAAGCAAUAACUAAGAGAAGGAAAAUGUUUUGGAUUUUACGACGUACUGGAGCGGCGAAUUUUUUCAAUUCGCUAAACAAUAAUUACAGUACAUCGAAAGGUAGUGGUUCCCACUCAACUCAGGAUAAAUAUGUGAAGCGACCACCGCGUAAAGCAUAUGGUCGCCUUAAUGCUGAAUCAGAUGAUGCAACGCCAAUAGAGCAGCAUAUUAAUAAUCAAUUUGACGAUGGCAUUGAUAAUUUUGAAAUGAUUACACCUGCCGGCUCAAGUAAUAAUGGUAAUAAUAACGAUGCAAUACGAUUACCAGCUCAAAUGGCCAAUACUAAUGGUAAACAAACUAACGAUGACCGUGAAGGAGGUGAUGAGAGCAUGCAAUGCGGAAUAUGCGGUACACCUGCUGUUGUCAAUUGCAAUGGUAGUGACUGUCAAGGGAAUUAUGUUGACGGUGAUUUUUGCGACUAUGGUGUAAGCAAUUUGUGCGGUGAUGCGAAUGCUUUAAACAAAAAUUCAUCUUCUUCUCAAAGCCGUAGUAAACAAAUAAAUCAAAGUACCAUAAAUCGAUUACAGGCAAUAGCUAUGUCAGAGGAUGAUGAUUACGACGAAUCUUUAACGUGCAAUGUAUGCGACCGGGCUUUUCAUUGUCAUCGUCAAUUGGCCUCACAUCAGCAAAAAAAACGUCACUUUGGAUGCAAUGGAUGUGAUAGUUUAUUUCCCUCACUAAUGCUUUUGGAACAUCAUAAAGAAGAAUUUGAACAUUGGAGUGACGAGGAGAUUAAUCGACGAGUUUGUUGUCGUCGCAAUCGAAGUGAUGAUUACUUUACUGAUACAGAUUCCUUCACCAGUGAGGCGGAGAGUGAAGAUCUCGAAAGACUAUUGUAAAAGAGCGAACAAAUUUACGCAAAAAAGUAUUUAAUCUCAUGCAUUUCCAUUUGCCCUGAAUUUUGAAAUUAUUGUUAAGCAUCAAUCACAUGCAUACGCGCAUAUCGAUUUUUUACCUAAAAUAAUUAAUGGUAAACUUUAAAGAGGAAACGCAAUUGAUAACUUUAACACUUUUAUAUGUAUGACGACGGUGUGUAUAAAUGUAUUCUAGCAAUCUUGUCUUUCCAUCCGAAAUCUAGUGACUGUGCGAAAGAGAAACAAAAUGUAAUCAUAUCAACUGCGAGCAUUCAACAACUUAAUAUUAAUCUAUGUUGUGUACAUCUAAGUAAAUUUAAAUAAAAACAUCUCUUUAUGUGCAUACGAAUAGUAUUAGUGUUAGCAAUAUGAAUAAUUGUGUAUUGUGUAUUCACAUAUACAAACAAUUGAAAAUUUCAUAUCCACAAACUAUAUAAAAAUAUGCAAUUUAUGUAAUAUCGAUGUAUGUAUGUAU